AAGAAGAAGAAUUGGAAGAGAAGAGUGAAACUAUCUUACAUUCCUUUUCUCCAUUGCCACUACUGUUUGCAGCCGCUCUUCUACCCGGAGCUGGAGCUGUGAGUUCUACAUUUGGGCCAUUUGUUCAGCUUGUCAAAUCAUGGAACCUUCCAGAUUGGCUUGUGCAUUGGGGUCACCCUGGCAACAUGGCAGUUGUGCUCUUUGCUAUGGGUGGCUAUGGUACCUAUCUUGGUUUUCGCAUUAAAUAUUCUGAUGAUGUGGAAGAAAAGGCUAAGGCCAAGGACUUGCAUCCAAAGCUUUUAGCUGGUAUGUUUUUCUUCUUUGCUCUUGGUGCUACCGGGGGAGUAACAUCUCUACUCACAUCAGAUAAACCCAUUUUUGAGAGUCCUCAUGCUGUUACAGGUGCUAUAGGCCUUGCUUUGUUGACAGUACAAACCAUAUUGCCUUCACUCUUUGAGGGAAAUCCUGGACUAAGGAAUAUUCAUGGUAUCUUGGGAAGUGGCAUCAUGACUCUUUUUCUUAUUCAUGCUGCCCUUGGACUUCAAUUAGGCCUCAGUUAUUGAUUACAACUUCUUCCAACAUGUAUUGUUAUUUUGAAGUUUUCCUUUUGGUGUACAUUCUUUUUGUAUUAUUAUUAUUAUUUUUUUUUGGACGUGGCAUAAUUUUCUCAAUUACAAUUGAGAAGAAUGACUAUCAGGAUUUUAUGUGCUCUUCUAUUAUAUGUUUGUGGAAAAUAAAACGGCACACAUAUAACUUUUGCCCCUCAUUACUUA